CAAGUUCACCCUUGGGUGCCUCGAAUAUAAGAUAACGCGGUCAUCUUGUGGUCUGGUCAGUUGAUUGGAGUUUGCGGUCCUUAUCAGACGCAAAAAUGGAUAUUGUAAAAGUGUUAAGAAAGUUUCGGGAAGAAGAAGAUCCCGAAAUGGAAGAUUAUGAUGGGAAGUGUUUGCCGACCCUAAGUAAGGCAGAACUAACAAGUAUUGCAAAGUCUAAAGGUGUAAAGUUAGAAGAACUAUUACUGUUGGGUGGAAUCCCGGAUUCAAGGGAGAAUAUGUGCAAACUCCUGCAUUUUGCACUUCAGUGUACCAUUACUAUUCAGGAGAGUAAAGAGGAUGAAGAGGCUGGGCCAUCUAACCGCCCGGAUCCACCAAGAAAAAAGAGAAAGUCAAAUGACGCAACUGGGAUGAAAGCCCUGGAGGACAAAAUAGACAAACUGGAAAAGAUGUUAGAAGAAAAGAAAACAGCAGAUGAGGAGUCAGAUUUGGAAAGAGCCAAGCGGGACGUCAAAGAAGAGGCAUCCAAGGGACCAAAGGUGGAUAUUGAUGUUUUGCACGAGAGACUUGUAAUCCUUGAAAGUUUAGCUAGAAAGCAAAACAGUGAUAUUAAAGACAAGAUAAAUUUAAUCUUAAACCGAUUCAACUCUCAUAAGUCUAACCCAUCUUUUGCUGCAGCACUUGUGCUAAAAUUAGUCUGUAACAGAGAAGAAGAGAGCAUUUUAGACAAAGAACAAAAACUUAUGAAAAAUUUCGGACUGACAAAAAAUAAUGAUGAUGUCAAUACACAAGGGUAUGGCAUGUUUCAGCCAAUGCCUUAUAAUUACGGUUACAAUCGUUUUAGUUACCCACAAGGACCUUCACCUCCACGUUUUUCUCAACAACCACGAAGGUCAAGACCCCGCACACCAUUGAUAUGUUAUCGUUGCAAUAAACCUGGUCAUAUGGCUAGAGAUUGCCUUAUCCCUCCACCCCAGAACUAGUUUGAACUUUUAACGUUAUGUUUUCGUUGUUGUUGCUCAUUAAAUGUUGGCAUGAUUUGUACAUGUGAUAUAAAUAUAUAUAAAUUACCUUAUAUAACUAAAUUGUGAUGCAAGUUAUAUAUAUAAUUUCAGGAAAAUUUUCGAAUGAAACCAUGGGAAAAAAAUGUGAUCUUUGAUAGCGACCCGACCAAUGAAUUUAUUAGAUUAGCAUCGUAUGUCAAUUUAGAGGGGAAACUUUUAAGUGAAAAGGAGUUACAAAUUAAGCCAGAUUCAGCGGAAGAAUCAUUUAGUGCAUCAUUGAUAAAAGGUCAGGAUCCGUCGAUUGACAAUUUAGUCUUUUUAAACCCAAAUUCUUUUAAGGCAGGGCAAAUUCAUACGCGUGUAGAUCAAUGGAAGCAUAUUAUGUGUAAUUCGUCGCAAACUAAGGAAGUCUUAGAUUGGAUAGAAAACGGGGUAAACAUACAUAAUUAUAUAACGAUUUUCAAAGGGAAAUUUUGGGGAGAAAAGUAUGACCACGAAUUUCCUCCACCAAGAAUGUUUAACAAUUCGAACAGUUGUAUUCCUUUUAUUGAUUUUAUAACUAAGACGAUCACAGAGAGAUUACGAAAUGGAUCACUUGAAUGUGUAGGAAAAGUGGGUAUAGUACAACCACCGCAUAUAGUAGCCCCUUUAACAGUAGAACCAACAAAACCUCGACUUUGUGUGAACCUUAUGUAUCUCAAUAAUUGGAUCAAAAGCGUACCAUUCAACUUAGAUACUUUAAAAGAUAUUCCCCGGAUAGUUAAAACAGGUGCUUAUUUCACAUCAAUAGACGAUAAAUCUGGGUUUGAUAAUGUUCGGUUAUCAGAGGAGUCAUUCAAUCUUGUUGGUUUUCAGGGGGGAGGAUAUUAUUAUCGGUGUAAGACCCUACCUUUUGGAUUCAAAUUGUCAAGCUACAUAUACCAUACUUUGAAUAUGCAACCUACCUCUUAUAUACGAAAACAUUUUUCUAUACCUAUAUUUCUGUACAUUGACGACAGACUGGUAGAAGAAGUUCGAAGUGAAGGGAUAGAACCCGGUAUACCAAGCGCUUUGUUAGCAAAUUACAUUGUAUGUGAAAUAUUAACCAGGCUCGGAUACUGUUUGAAUUUAACAAAGACUAUAUUUGUACCUACACAAUCGCCAGUUUUUUUUAGGAUUUAAGGUAGACUCUGUAGAGCGGUGUUUUAGGUUAACUGAAAGUAAAAAGAAAAGUUUGUAGGCUUCAGAGAAGCUUGUCUUGCGAAGUCCGAAUUAUCCGUUUUAGAUUUGCAAAAACUGUCAGGCAGGUGUAUUUCUUUCAUGUUAGCAGUCCCUGCAGCAAAGCUGUAUACCCGCGAAAUGAAUAGUGCGAUUUCUCUCGGUAUAAAAUCAAAGUCAGGCAUAGCGUUAAAUGGAGAUCUCAAGGAUGAAAUUACGUCAUGGCGUUUUCUAGAUGAAUGGGAAGGUAAAUUAGAGUGGAAAAGGGAGAGACAUUUAUCAGUGACUAUUUUUACAGAUGCAUCCACCUUUAAAUGGGGUGGUGUUUUCGAGAUUAGUGACAUUAAACAUACUGUAGGUGAUUCGUGGGAGGCAGACAUGCUUUCUCUGCCAAUUAUGAUUCUAGAAGCAUAUGCGUUAUUAAAUGUUUUAAAGUCAUUCAGAGACAAAAUUCAGGGUUUUCGAAUAGACGCAAAUGUUGACAACAAAGCUUUGAUAUAUGCGUGGGACAACGAGGGGUCAAGGUCAUCCCAGUUGAAUUCCGUAAUAAAAGAUAUUUUCAAAUUUACUAUUGAUUCUGACAUUAUUUUGAACCUGUACUAUAUACCGUCAAAACAAAACCUCGCUGACGCGCCUUCACGUACUUUAACAAAGUGUGACGCAACAAUUACGAAAGCAAUAUGGCAGACUAUUCAAGAGCAUUUCGGAGGGAAUUCUGGACAUACUUUAGAUCUCAUGGCUCUGGACUCAAAUAGCAUGAAAGACAAACAAGGAAAUAUUCUAAAACAUUUUACACCUUUUCAAUCUCCUCUGUCCUUGGGUAUAAACGUUUUCACACAAGAGAUUAACAAACAGGAAAACUGUUACGUAUUUCCACCUUUCAAUCUAGUUCUACCAGUUAUGACUUUUUUGAAAGAAAACAGUUGUAGUUAUACUAUUGUGAUAAGAGCGGAGAACACUACGCCUUUAUGGCUGCCUAAUUUCGUAAAUUUCAUAAGUGAUGCAUUUGUUGUAGGCAUCAAAGGUCAAAAAGAUGUUUUAAAGUACCCGACGAAAAAAGGCUAUGUGUCCGAUAGAUAUGGUUUACCAUGGAAUUUAUGGGCGGUAAGGGUGCAGAAUUUCAUUUCCGGUUCAUCUUAUGGGAAAAUGCUUUUUCUAAAUAACCCUACGAUUACUUCCAAUUUUCAUUUUUUGUGUGUCGGUGAUUCAAUGAUCAGAUUUUUUUUAUCAGAUAAGAAAUUCAGGAACCCUAUGGUACAUGUUUAUUCAGAAGGUGGAGGCCUUAUUCGUAAUGUACAGUACAACAUUCAAAAGAUGGUCGAUAGAUAUCCACCACAAACCAUUUUUGUGCAUGCUGGUGUGAAUAAUUUGAGUAAAUGUUAUUUGUAUUUGAAUGAAUUUCACCAAUUAUCUGUAGCACAUCAUGAGCUUGAAUCUUUAACAUUGUUGUUAGAAAACAUUUGUAAGAAAUUUACGCAUGUACAAGUUAUAAUGUCAUCAAUAAUUAUCACUAGAGACGAUUACAUUAAUAUAAGAUCAGAGAGUUUAAAUGCAACAAUAAAACAAUUAUGCAUAGAACAUAAGUGGUUAUUCAUGGACAAUGUAAACAUUCACAGUUCACAUUCAAGGGAUAAUGUCCAUUUGAAUGAGGAUGGCCAGCGUAUAUUGACAAAUAAUGUAUAUAGUAUGUUAAAAUGUGUAUCCCAUGUAGGAAUUUAGUGGUAGUAUCAUAUCUAGAGUUUGUUUAUUUUCUCUAUCAAAGUGUAAUAUGAAUAUUUAGUUAACAUUUUGUCAAUUUGUAU